CUUUCAAAUUUUCUUCUUCUCUACUUUCUCCUUUCUCUCUUUCAUCUUCACGUCCAGUUUGGCAUAGAUUCUCUCCUACCAGUUGAUAUAUAUAUAUCUCCAAUACUAGAAAUAAAUAAAAUAAAGAGAGUUUUAGUUAUAGCUUUUUUGGAAUUCCACUAUGAAUGAAAAAGCAAGAGUUUCAAAGGAGCUUAAUGCUAAGCAUAUGAAGAUACUUGAGGGACUACUCAAAUUACCAGAGAAUCGAGAAUGUGCCGACUGCAAAAGCAGAGGUCCAAGAUGGGCUAGUGUGAACUUGGGAAUCUUCAUAUGCUUACACUGUUCGGGUGUUCACAGGAGUCUUGGAGUACAUAUAUCAAAGGUACGAUCUGCCACAUUGGACACCUGGCUUCCGGAGCAAGUUGCAUUUAUUCAAACAAUGGGAAAUCAGAUAUCAAAUAGCUACUGGGAAGCCGAGCUGCCACCCAAAUCCGGCAGAGUUGGUAUUGAAAAUUUUAUCCGAUCAAAAUAUGUGGAGAAAAGAUGGAUACCACGAAACGGGAAUGUGAAAGCAUCUCCUCGUGCGAGAGGAGAACAUAAUCAAGUGCUUGAUAUGAGGAAGAGAGUCAAUCUUGCACCGCCUGAAUUACCGAAGCAGAUUGCCCCUGAUCCUAAGCCAGAAGUUUUUGUUCAGAAUGCAAAACUGGUAGCCGCUGCGGAAGAAGCAAAGAGAAAAACUAAUAUUGCCGCUGAUCCUAAGCCAAAAGUUGUUCAGAAUGCAAAACCAGUAGCCGUUGUGGAAGAAGCGAAGCAAAUAGCUAAUGUUUCUCCUGAUCCCCAGCAAAAGGUUCUUCAGAAUGUAGUACCGUCAAUCUCUCAAGUCGCAAAAGCAAAGCCAGAAGCAAGUUUCUCCCCAACUGUAUCAACAGCUAGCACCAACUGUGCUAUCCAGCCGGCGGAAGCAAAAGAAGUAAUCGAGCAGAACGCCAGUUCUGCUGCUAUAGAAAACAAGAGCAAAUUUGAUGCUGGAAUUGAGGAACUGAUUAAAGAUUUUCGAUGGAAUACCCAACCUGUCUCAGUCUCAGAAAUCCCCUUGAAAAAUGUGAAGAAUGAUAUGGUGGAUCUCUUCGGCGAGCAACAAAAGUCACUAGGUUCACAACAGUCUCCUCUCGUGCCUACUCCGAUAAAGCAUUUUGGUGGUCCGCAAACCAUGCAUCAAGCUUCAAAUGGGAACCAGCUCUUUUAUCAGGUCCAUGGAACUAAGCAGAUGGGAAGCGCUCAACAUUUACACGCAUCUAUGUCUUCAGCCUAUGCUCGAAAUCCCAG